AUGAGUAAGCUUGAACAAGAAAAUCAAGAGCUCAGGGAGGAAGUAAUCACCUUUAAAGACAGUUUGGAAAGGCUUACUUCUAUGAUUGAGACUUUGGCGGCUGCUCAGAAUCAGUCAUCGAACAAUUCUCAAGAUCUAGUGCAACAAACAACAAUCUCUAAGAACGUCUCGACGCUCAUUCCAGUGGCGCCCGUCAAUGAUCAAAAAUAUCACAUGCAACCCGGUUUCCCUUGGGGAAUGCCUCAUGGUUAUAUGCCAACUGGAUACCACCCUCAAAACCCUGAAGCCCCAGUAGUGACUGUUGUGAUGUUUAUACCUCCUUUUGUGGUGCAUACGACUCCUUAUAAUGAAGAAAACAUUUAUCACGAUGCUCCAAGCGAAGUUAUGGGAGUAGAUGAAAGGUUAGAUGGAUUUCAAGAUCAGUUCUUAGAAAUUCAAAGGGAAAUCAACGCUCUUGGAGGUAAGGAUCUUUUUGGAAAUACAACUUCCGAACUCUGCUUGGUUCCUAAUGUUCAAAUUCUGCCCAAAUUCAAAGUCCCAGACUUCGAGAAAUACAAAGCAAAUUCAUGUCCUCAAAGCCAUUUGGUGAUGUAUGCUAGGAAGAUGUCCACUCAUACUGACAACCAUCAGCUUCUGAUACACUACUUUCAAGAUAGUUUAACUGGUGUCGCUCUUAAGUGGUACAUGGGAUUGGGAAACCUGAAGAUCCAUAUGGCUCCAGACAUAGAUCAACUACGGGCCAUGUCUCAGAAAGACAAAGAGAGUUUCAAGGAAUAUGCUCAAAGGUGGCGUGAAAUUGUCGCACAGAUUUUCCCUUCACUUGAAGAGAAAGAUAUGACUAAAAUCUUUUUGAAAACUCUGAGUUCAUUCUACUAUGACCGCAUGAUCGCCAUUGCACCCAGUGAUUUCACCGAGAUGGUAAACAUGGGCAUGCGACUUGAGGAAGCAGUCCCAGAGGGACGUUUGAAUAAGGAAUUCGACACUUCCAUUCAUGUUAAUAAAUUCGCCAAUAAUUUCUCCAAGAAGAAAGAAUCGGAUGUUAGUGUCGUUUCAUAUGGCAAACAAAGAAGAAAGUAUCAACAUGUUGUAGCCGUUUCACUAAUUAUUAGUACACCAAUGGUAGCGCCAAUUUAUCAGCCACAAUUCUCGCGUCAACAUCAACAACAAUAUCCUAAACAACAUGUUCAGCAACAACCAUCAAAUCAACAACAUCAACAACCUUCACAACAGGCUCUCUCACAAUUCAACAAUCAAAAUCGUAUUCAAAAAAGGCCACAGUGUGAUCCUAUCCCAAUGUCCUAUGAUAAAAUGUUUCCUGCACUGCUAGCUAAAAAUCAUGUCCAGACAAGGUCUCCACCACCUUUGCCAAAGGAUCUUGCCUAUUGGUACAAGGCAUAUCAAUUUUGUGCUUACCAUCAAGGGGCACCAGGACACAAUAUUGAAAACUGUUUUGGUCUAAAGUCAGAUGUUUAG